AUGGCUACCUUAUUACGACAAUCGUUGAAUUCUUCAUCUGGGUCCUCUCUUCGCUCCCUUAAUGGUAGACCAGUAACGGAUUUACUCUCUAUUCGGUUCAUACGUUCCAAUUCAUUGAUCCUUUUUACUAAAAUUAAGGCUUUCAUUUUUGAUCGAAGUUAUCACUCAGCCACAUGUUGUUUCAAACAUAAAAGCACAACACUGAAAAAGAAGAAAAAGAAGAGUCACACAAAUUCUUUUGAAAGCAUGUACAUACCUCGACCACAGGAGUUCAAACAACGUUAUGAUGAAUAUUGCGACUUUACUGACAAAUUCGUUGCAAUUUGCUCUCAGUUCAACUCCGAAUUUCUUUCCCAACACAUCGGUGGUCAUGAAACUCUCAAUACAUCAUUCGACUCUAUUAAUCCUAAAUGUAACAUUUCCUAUGUCACAAAACAAGGUCUACAACACAUAUUUCAGACACUGGAGGCAGGAAGAGAUUUCAUUCUUUACGACAUUAGGGACGAGAGAGACUCGUCUAAUGAAAACUAUCCCUCCCUCCAUGCCAGCGCCAAGAAUAUUCUGCUCAAGAAUAUUGGUCACGUAUUCCUUCGUACAUGUGUUAAUACCUCUCUCAAACGAUACGCAUUUGUCUUGCCUUCUCACGAUAUUUCAAGCGAGAAGGGCCCGAUGAUUAUUUUGUACAGCGUUUCUUAUAUGAAGUGGUUGGAUAGAGCAGCAGAAAUUUUACAAGAAUUAGGAUGUAAGAAUGUUAUUGUUUAUGCAGGUGGAUUAAAGGACUGGUGGAAGAAGCAGGAGGGUUCGGAGUAG